GUUGGACAAACCAAAUGAACUGAGGUGGUCAAAUAGCGAGUUUAUUGCACCAGCUGAUCAUCAAACCAUCUAUAUCCCGUAUGGAUAGCAGCGGCGGCGGCGGCUCAGAGACAACUCUUCCGAUCCUUAGAUUCAAUCAAAAUUCCUCCGAUCAGAGAGAGAUGACGAUUAGAUUCUUCUAGUACUCCGUGGAGAGAAGCAGCAGAAAAAAGCAGCGUUGUAGGGUUUGGGGGUGGAGAUUGAAGCAGAAGAAAUGGGGGGUCGCACGAACAGCAGCGCGGCGGAGGGGGGCUCGGACGAACAGCAGCGGCGGUCGGAGAUCUACACGUACGAGGCACCGUGGCACAUCUACGCCAUGAAUUGGAGCGUCCGCAAGGACAAGAAGUACCGCCUGGCCAUCGCCAGCCUGCUCGAACAGUACCCCAACCGCGUCGAGAUCGUUCAGCUCGACGACUCCAACGGCGAGAUCCGCUCCGACCCGAACCUCUCCUUCGACCACCCCUACCCUCCCACCAGAGCCAUCUUCAUCCCCGACAAGGAGUGCCAGAAGCCCGACCUCCUCGCCACUUCCAGCGAUUACCUCCGGAUCUGGCGGGUCGCCGACGACGGCUCCCGCGUGGAGCCCAAGAGCGUCCUCAACAACAACCGCAACAGCGACUUCUCCGGCCCUCUCACCUCCUUCGACUGGAACGACGCGGAGCCCAGGCGGAUCGGGACCUCCAGCAUCGACACCACCUGCACCAUCUGGGACAUCGAGAGGGAGACGGUGGACACCCAGCUGAUCGCCCACGACAAGGAGGUGUACGACAUAGCCUGGGGAGGGGUUGGGGUCUUCGCUUCGGUCUCUGCAGAUGGCUCAGUCAGGGUGUUUGACCUCCGGGACAAGGAACACUCCACCAUCAUAUACGAGAGCUCAGAGCCGGAGACCCCGCUGGUGCGCCUGGGGUGGAACAAGCAGGACCCCAGGUACAUGGCCACCAUCAUCAUGGACAGCUCCAAGGUGGUGGUUCUCGACAUCAGAUUCCCCACGCUGCCGGUGGUGGAGCUGCAGAGGCACCAGGCGGGUGUGAACGCGAUAGCGUGGGCUCCCCACAGCUCCUGCCACAUCUGCACCGCGGGGGACGACUCCCAGGCCCUGAUAUGGGACCUAUCCUCCAUGGGUCAGCAGCCCAUUGCCGGCGCAGAAGGGGGGUUGGAUCCCAUCCUUGCUUACACCGCGGGUGCCGAGAUCGAACAGCUUCAGUGGUCUUCAUCGCAGCCUGAUUGGGUUGCUAUUGCCUUCGCCAACAAGCUUCAGAUUCUCAGAGUGUGAGUUGCCGGCAGCGCGGCAUGGAAGAAUUCAUUCUAAGCUGGUGGUGCUGUGAGAUCUUUUCCAUCUUACUACUAGUCACAGACAGAUUGAUGUAUGCAAUUAUUGCAAUUGAUUAUUUUUUUUGUUGUGGUUUCCAAUUUAAUCUGCCUGAUUAGUCAGUUAUAAAGAGAAAGAGAAAUGUUGCACUUUUUUUUUAUCUAUCUAUCUAUCUAGACUCUCGAGUAGUUGUGCUUGGAUCAAUUAGAGAGACAGACAGGAAUUUUUGUACUCCAAUAUUAGACACUUCAUGCUUGCCUAAUCAAUUUUGACCACUGCC